AUGUCCCCACCAGCUCUUGACGAUCAUCAAAGUGCCUACUACUCGUCUGCUUUGAACCAGAUACAGGAAAGGUCUGUUACACCUUCCCUCAAGUUCGUGCCGAAUAGCGGCGAUUUGCAGAAGCGACAAGUCGAGCAUGUCCCACCACCUAUUCCAUUCUGUCCCAGAGACGAAGACUUCUACGUACCCGAUGUACAAGCUGGGAUUCACAGGCCAAACGCUGACCUGCUGAGAGAACAUUUCUUUCGUGAAGGCAGGCUCACUGAGCAACAAGCCCUGUAUAUCUUGGAACAGGCUACUACAUUGAUGUCUCAAGAACCCAAUAUGCUUCAUGUUGAUGGGCCCGUCACUGUGUGCGGAGAUAUCCAUGGGCAAUAUUACGAUUUGAUGAAAAUAUUCGAAGUGGGUGGUUCGUUUGCGGAGAACAACUACCUAUUUCUCGGGGAUUAUGUCGAUCGCGGGUAUUUUGGUAUCGAGUGCCUCCUCUACCUUUAUACACUCAAGCUCUGGUAUCCUGAUCGGCUGUUUCUCAUCCGGGGAAACCAUGAAUGCAGACAUCUCACCGAAUACUUCACGUUCAAACGAGAGUGCCUCCACAAAUACUCCACAACAGUAUAUGAGGCGUGCAUCCAGUCCUUCCAGGCGUUACCCUUGACGGCACUCAUCGAUGGCAGAUUUUUCUGUGUUCAUGGGGGCAUUUCUCCGGAGCUUAUGCGACUAGAAGAUAUAGAUAAGCUUGAUCGUUUCGUCGAGCCCGCAUCAGUAGGCUUACUUUGCGACCUCUUGUGGGCUGACCCAAUACCAAAUUUUGGGCACGAGCAAGAACCAUCUUACGAACGCCCCCAGGGUUUGCCUCUAGGGCACACCUUUGAACCUAAUCAUACGCGCGGGUGUAGCUUCUACUACACAUAUGAAGCGGCAUGUCAAUUCUUGGAACGAAACCGCCUUCUUGGGAUCUUCCGAGGGCAUGAGGCCCAAGACGCAGGGUAUUACAUCUCUCCGUGGCAUCGUGCUCAAUGGUCCACCGUUGAUCGGCAACACAGAUAUACCAUGCACCGGAAGACGCCGACGAAGAAAUUCCCAUCUGUCAUCACCAUCUUCAGUGCACCGAACUACCUGGACGCGUACCACAACCGUGCCGCAGUAAUUAAGUACAAGAAUAAGAACAUCACAAUUCGACAGUACAAUGCAUCGUCCCAUCCAUAUUGGCUGCCCAAUUUUAUGGACGCCUUCACGUGGUCCCUGCCUUUUGUAGGCGCGAAGAUUACAGAAAUGCUGCUUGCCAUUCUGUCGGUGUGCUCGGAUACCGAGCUGGAGGAGUCGUCGUAUGCGUCGUCAGACGAGGAUGAAGAGCGCGCGCGUGCUCUCGCAGAGCUUGACGAUGAGGAAGAGGAAAUGCGCAUGACGGAACAUGUCCAUCCAAGCGAGAGAAGACAGGAAAUAAAAAACAAGAUUCUGGCUGUCGGCAGGAUGCAACGUGUAUUCCAGCUUCUACGGUACGCUCCCUGA